AUGAAGGAACGGAUGUUGGGUCUGGCCCUUUGGCCUUUGCUUUUCUCACUCCAGCUGCAGCAGCAAGUUGUUUCAAAUGAGUGUAGCAACAACAAUUAUGUGAUCAAUGUGAUGCUCAUGAAUUACUCGGACUUUCCAUCAAGUACUAAUAAUUUGAAAUUAGCUGUGAAACAAGCCUUGGAAAGGGUACAAAAUGAAUUCAAGAUGACAGGAGAAAAUGUUACAGUCAAUGCCACCUUCCAUACCUUUACCUCAUCACUCUAUGUCUCACAAGGCUGUCGUACCAGCACCUGUGAAGGUGUGGAGCUCUUCAAGGAAAUUUAUAAUAGUGGCACGCUUGGCUGUGUUGUCAUAGGACCCGCUUGCACUUAUGCCACCUACCAAAUGGUCUCAGUUGAAACAAUACUGAGCCUGCCUCUGAUCUCUGUAGGGAGUUUUGGACUGUCCUGUGACUACAAAGUAAACCUAACCCGCCUUCUGACCCCAGCCAGAAAGGUGAAUGAAUUCUUCUAUUAUUUUUGGAGAGAAUCUCAGCUGCCAUUCAAAACCACAACCUGGGAAUCUACCUACAUUUACAAGAGGAAUGAAAACUCGGAGGCAUGCCUCUGGUACAUGAAUGCGCUAGAUGCUGGAAUCACACAGUUCUCUGAAAAACUGAAGAUCAAGGAGAUUUUAAGGACUCCGGAGCAGCUUAGAAAAACUGUGAAAGAUCCAAACCGGAAAAGCAAUGUGAUCAUCAUGUGUGGCUCUCCAGCUGACGUCAGCACAGACCUAGGGAUGGCAGAAGUGGAUAAGGACAUUGUUAUCAUCCUGAUAGAUCUCUUCAAUAACACAUACUUCAGGAACAACAACUCAGCCCAUUACAUGCAGAAUGUACUUGUCCUGACUCUACCACCGGCUAAUUACAGCUUGAAUACCAUAAAGACUGAGGAUGCCAUCCUGAUGGAAGAUGACUUUGUUGUUGGCUAUUUUAAUGCAGUCUUGCUGUUUGGACAUAUUCUGAAGAAAUUUAUCUUCUCCCAGAAGCCAGUGUCACCUCUCAGUUUCAUCAAUGAAUUCCGAAAUACCACUUUUGAAGGUGUACUGGGUCCUGUGACCUUAGAUGAAUUUGGAGACAUUGAUACCAAUUUGACCCUGCUGUAUACAUCUUCAAAUCAUUUCCACACUCUUCUGUAUUUCAACACUCAAAAGAACAAGACACACAUGACGACUACCAGUCCGGAUUUUGUCUGGAAGAACCACAAGCUGCCCAGUGAUACUCCAGGCACUGGCCCACACAUAUUGACCAUUGCUGUCUUUACACUCACAGGAAUUGUGGUUCUGGUUCUGAUCAUCUCUUUGCUGAUUCUAAGGAAGUACAGGAGAGAUAAUGAGCGUCGGUGGAAGAAAUGGUCCCAUAUACCGCCUGAGGAAAUUUUGCCUCUGGAGACCGGUGAGACAAGUCAUGUUAGUUUGAAGAUCGAUGAAGAUAAGAGACGUGACACCAUUCAGAGGCUGCGCCAAGGCAAAUAUGACAAGAAGGUGGUGAUCCUAAAGGAUCUCAAAAACAAUGAUGGUAAUUUCUCAGAGAAGCAAAAAAUAGAACUGAACAAGCUCCUACAGAUUGAUUAUUACAACCUGACCAAGUUCUAUGGCACUGUGAAGAUAGACACCAUGAUCUUUGCGGUGAUUGAGUACUGCGAAAGAGGUUCUCUGCGGGAUGUUUUAAAUGAUAAAAUCUCCUACCCUGACGGCACAUUCAUGGAUUGGGAAUUUAAAAUCUCCGUCAUGUACGAUAUUGCCAAGGGGAUGUCUUACCUGCACUCAAGCAAAACCGAAGUCCAUGGUCGACUCAAAUCCACAAACUGUGUAGUGGACAAUCGCAUGGUAGUGAAGAUCACUGAUUUUGGCUGUAAUUCAAUUCUGCCUCCAAGGAAAGACCUGUGGACAGCUCCUGAGCAUCUCCGUCAUGCUGAUGUUUCUCAGAAGGGUGAUGUGUACAGCUACGGGAUCAUUGCUCAGGAAAUCAUCCUACGCAGGGAGACCUUUUACACUGGACACUGCCGGGACAACAAAGAGAAACUUUACAGAGUGGAGAGUGGCAAAGGAGUGAAGCCUUUCCGACCAGACUUGUCCUUGGAAACAGUGGGAGAAAGAGAGAUGGAAGUGUAUACACUAGUGAAGAGCUGCUGGGAGGAAGAUCCAGAGAAAAGGCCUGACUUUAAGAAAAUUGAGAGUACUCUGGCUAAAAUAUUCGGUAACUGCCAUGGCCAGACCAAUGAAAGCUACAUGGACACCCUGAUCCGGCGUCUACAGCUGUAUUCCCGGAACCUGGAGCACCUGGUGGAGGAAAGGACAGAGCUAUACAAAGCAGAGCGAGACAGAGCAGACAGGCUUAAUUUCAUGUUACUUCCAAGGCCAGUAGUAAAGUCUUUGAAGGAGACUGGACUGGUCGAGCCAGAGCUAUUUGAAGAAGUCACUAUCUACUUCAGUGACAUUGUUGGCUUCACCACACUUUGCAAAUACAGCACCCCUAUGGAGGUGGUAGAUAUGCUGAAUGAUAUCUACAAGAACUUUGACCACAUUCUUGACCAUCAUGAUGUUUACAAGGUGGAGACCAUUGGUGAUGCUUACAUGGUGGUGAGUGGUUUACCAAAGAGAAAUGGCAAUCGGCAUGCAGUAGACAUCUCCAUGAUGGCUCUAGACAUCCUCAGCUUCAUGGGAUCUUUUGAACUGAGACAUUUGCCGGGUCUGCCUGUUUGGAUUCGCAUUGGAAUUCACUCUGGUCCAUGUGCGGCUGGUGUGGUUGGAAUAAAAAUGCCUCGUUACUGUUUGUUUGGAGAUACAGUGAACACAGCUUCACGGAUGGAAUCCACAGGCUUGCCUUUAAGGAUACAUGUAAAUGGUUCCACUAUUAACAUCCUGAAAAGAACAGACUGCCGAUUCCAGUAUGAAGUGAGAGGAGAAACGUACUUGAAGGGCAGAGGAACAGAGAUUACCUACUGGUUGACGGGUACCGAGGACAAGAAAUACAAUCUCCCAACACCUCCUUCUGUGGAGAAUCAGCAGCGGUUACACGAUGACUUAGCAGAGAUGAUAACAAAUAUUCUUCAGAAAAGGGAAAACGAAGGGUUCAAGACACGGGAGCUUUCACGGGUAGCUAGCUACCGAUCCGGUACCCUGGAAUACUUGCAACUGGCCACCAAAGGGAAUUCUGCCACAUAUCUUUAAAACUGGAUGUAUAGUAUAAUUCAAAAGCUGCGGCAACUCUCUGGAGUACUUCAUGUGAAGGCUGGAGGCUUAUACUCUCAGCUAAAAGAGAAAGAAAAUAACUUUUCAAGCAUCCUGCCAUCCGACUUGCUAUCAGUAAAUCAAACCUCUCCACUGUAACAUCAAAAUUGUUGGAUGACUUCAGUAGGACACAUGCAGUGUGAUUUGAGGUAAAUGAAA